AUGGAUACUGCAUACAAGCAUUUCAGCCAUGCACACAACCUCGUCAUCCACCAAGCACAUGAAGCUGAGAAGAUGUCAUGCUCCGGCUGCAAUUCUCUGGUCAUGGGGACUAUAUACGUUUGUUGGCAGUGCAAAUUUGUGUUACACGAGCAAUGCUUUCGUGCAACCCGAUCACUAAAACAUCCAUCACACCCUUCUCAUCCUCUUACUUUAGUUCCUUAUCCAACUUAUCCCUCUAAUUCCUUUUACUGCAAUUCCUGUAAACACACUGGAAAUGGAUUAUCCUAUUCAUGUUCUGAUUGUGAAUUUGACCUUCAUAUCCAUUGUGCUCAAUCUGUUUCCUAUGUUUAUGCUCCUAAUAGUGUUCCUAACCCAAUUACUAAUAUCCAAUAUUCUUCGUUGGCUUCUAAUAUGCCAGAGGGAAUACUAUCUGCUUCUGAUAUUGAACAUAUCAAAAGAAACCAGGAGAGGCUCGAGAUUGCAACGGAGGAGUAUAGAAUAGCUGCUCUUAGACGUAAAUAUAUUUUAGACAGCAUAUAG